GCACACACGACACACAGCGCCCUCGCUCGCACUUCCUCCGCUCGUCUGACAUCUCCUCCCGUCCUUUCCUUUCGAAGCCUCGGGGACCCCGGCGAUGGCCGCCUCCGCCACCGUGGUGUCGGUCGACGAGAAGAUUGAGAAGCUUCGCGCCGAGGUCGCCAAGCUCGGCCAGAUCAGCGAGAACGAGAAGUCCGGGUUCAUCAGCCUCGUGUCGCGCUACCUCAGUGGGGAGGCGGAGCAGAUCGAGUGGAGCAAGAUCCAGACCCCGACCGAUGAGGUGGUGGUGCCGUACGACACCCUAGCGUCGCCUCCCGAAGAUCUCGAGGAGACGAAGAAGCUGCUGGACAAGCUCGUUGUGCUCAAGCUUAAUGGAGGGCUCGGGACGACCAUGGGCUGCACUGGCCCCAAGUCUGUCAUUGAAGUCCGCAACGGGUUCACAUUCCUUGACCUUAUUGUGAUUCAAAUUGAGUCUUUGAACAAGAAGUAUGGAUGCAGUGUCCCUUUACUUCUGAUGAACUCUUUCAACACUCAUGAUGACACACAGAAGAUUGUCGAGAAGUAUGCCAACUCCAACAUUGAGAUUCACACUUUCAAUCAGAGCCAGUAUCCUCGCAUUGUUACUGAAGACUUCUCGCCACUUCCAAGCAAGAAAUCUGGGAAGGAUGGCUGGUAUCCUCCAGGCCACGGUGAUGUGUUCCCCUCUUUGAACAACAGUGGGAAACUUGACCUCUUAUUGACUCAGGGCAAGGAGUAUGUCUUUGUUGCAAACUCAGACAACUUGGGUGCUAUAGUUGACAUCAAAAUUCUAAACCAUCUGAUCAACAACCAGAACGAGUACUGCAUGGAGGUUACUCCAAAGACUCUAGCUGAUGUCAAGGGUGGUACCCUCAUCUCUUACGAAGGAAGAGUUCAGCUUUUGGAGAUUGCCCAAGUACCUGAUGAGCAUGUGAAUGAAUUCAAAUCAAUUGAGAAGUUUAAGAUAUUCAACACUAACAACUUGUGGGUGAACCUUAAAGCUAUCAAGAGACUUGUAGAAGCUGAGGCACUUAGGAUGGAAAUUAUUCCAAACCCCAAGGAAGUUGAUGGUGUGAAAGUUCUUCAACUCGAAACUGCAGCUGGCGCAGCUAUUAGGUUCUUCGACAAAGCGAUUGGAAUUAACGUUCCCCGCUCAAGGUUUCUCCCAGUGAAGGCUACAUCUGAUUUGUUGCUUGUGCAGUCUGAUCUUUACACCUUGGUUGAUGGCUUUGUCACCCGCAACCCAGCCAGAGCAAAUCCAGCUAACCCUUCAAUUGAGCUUGGACCUGAGUUCAAGAAGGUUGCCAACUUCCUUGCCCGGUUCAAGUCCAUCCCCAGCAUUGUCGAGCUUGACAGCUUGAAGGUUUCUGGUGACGUCUGGUUCGGCUCUGGAAUUACACUCAAGGGCAAGGUGACCAUCACCGCCAAGCCCGGAGUGAAGUUGGAGAUUCCAGAUGGAGCUGUGCUUGAGAACAAGGACGUCAAUGGCCCCGAGGAUCUCUGAGCGAUGCUUACCGUCGUCGCUAGUUUCUCCGAGGACCUUUCGCAGGAGCCGCCGUCCUAAUCACUCCCGCUGAGCUUUGUCUUUUGUAAUUGUCAUGUGCAUUACCGCUGUGAGGGUCUUGUGAGCCCGCUACAGAAUAAUUGUAAAUCCUCUUUGGUGCCUCUGUACUUCUGUUUUUGGCGCGCCAGGGAUGAAUAUUUUGCUGAAAUGAUACUACCAUAGCUUUGCAUGCCGUAGAA